GCGCUGUGAAGCUCGAGUCCGCGGUGCCUGCGCUCGCCUCCUCGCCGCCCGGGCUCGCCGCCCGCCGCCCCGACUUGCAGUCCGCGGCUCCAGCCUGGACUGGCGCCUUCCCAGGCUGUUCGCUGCGCUUGUAAGAUCUGCGCCCGCGAGGAGGGCUGCCCUGUGGGCUGUGGGUGACGAUCCAGGAAGGUUGCCCUGGGGCCGGGCUUUGCCGCGCGCGGGCUGUGCCCUAAGUCAGUUACAGAUCGAGUCCUGAGCUCGCAGGAGGAGAGAGGAAGUCCUAGACCGUCCAAAAGAGACUGGGGACGCAGGAAGGAGGCAGCCUGGAAAGGAACCGGGAAGAUUCUGGAAAAGCUGCACGAUUUAGAAAGCACAGUACAGAUGCUUGAUGUCAUUGUGAAGUAGGAGCUGCUUAGGGAACGUUCGGAAGGUCCGGCGGACUCAUCUCAGCGUUUAUGUAAAUGAUUAUCAGUGCUCUGCCUCUCAGCGCACGGACCUUGAGAUCAGCCCUUGAAGAGCUGAAAACGCAGAAACUCUCCAGAUGUCUUCCAGUAAUGACCAAGUUUUUAUCCCAAUGUCACAAAGAAACACCAGUGGUCUCUCCAGGAUGACGUCCAAUGACCUGAAGUCAUUUGCUGAAGGAGCUGUGUUAAGUUUUCAUAACAUCUGCUAUCGAGUAAAAGUGAAGAGUGGCUUUCUACUUGGUCGAAAAACAGUUGAGAAAGAAAUACUAACGAAUAUCAAUGGGAUCAUGAGACCUGGCCUCAACGCCAUUCUGGGACCCACAGGUGGAGGCAAAUCUUCGCUGUUAGAUGUCUUAUCUGCAAGGAAAGAUCCACAGGGACUAUCUGGAGACGUUUUGAUAAAUGGAGCACCUCGACCUGCCAAUUUCAAAUGUACCUCAGGUUAUGUGGUACAGGAUGAUGUUGUGAUGGGAACUCUGACAGUGAGAGAAAACUUGCAGUUCUCAGCAGCUCUUCGGCUCCCAACAACUAUGACAAAUCAUGAAAAGAAUGAACGGAUAAACAAGGUCAUUCAAGAGUUAGGUCUGGCUAAAGUGGCAGAUUCCAAGGUUGGAACUCAGUUUACCCGUGGGGUGUCUGGAGGAGAAAGGAAAAGGACUAGUAUUGGAAUGGAGCUUAUUACAGAUCCAUCCAUCUUGUUCCUGGAUGAGCCCACAACUGGCUUAGAUUCAAGCACAGCAAAUGCUGUCCUUUUGCUCCUGAAGAGGAUGUCUAAACAGGGAAGAACCAUCAUCUUCUCCAUUCAUCAGCCUCGUUAUUCCAUCUUCAAGCUGUUUGAUAGCCUCACCUUGUUGGCCUCAGGAAGAGUAAUGUUCCACGGGCCUGCUCAGGAGGCCCUGGGGUACUUUGCAUCAGCUGGUCACCACUGUGAGCCCUAUAAUAAUCCUGCAGACUUUUUCCUGGAUGUCAUUAAUGGAGACUCCUCUGCUGUGAUAUCAAACAGAGAGGAUGAAGGUGGUGAAGCCAAGGAGACUGAAGAGGUGUCCAAGAGAGAUAAGCCACUCAUAGAAAAAUUGGCUGAGUUUUAUGUCAACUCCACCUUCUUCAGAGACACAAAAGCUGAGUUAGAUCAACUUUCAGGGGUUCAGAAAAAGAAGAAGAGUGUAGUCUUCAAGGAGCUCACCUAUGCCACCUCCUUCUGUCAUCAACUCAAAUGGAUUGCCAAGCGUUCAUUCAAAAACUUACUGGGUAAUCCCCAGGCCUCUAAAGCUCAGAUAAUUGUAACAAUCUUCCUGGGACUGAUUAUAGGUGCCAUUUUCUAUGAUCUUAAAAGUGACUCUACGGGAAUCCAGAAUAGAGCUGGGGUGCUCUUCUUCUUGACAACCAACCAGUGUUUCAGCAGUAUUUCAGCUGUGGAGCUCUUUGUGGUCGAGAAGAAGCUCUUUACACAUGAAUAUAUCAGUGGAUACUACAGAGUGUCAUCUUAUUUCUUUGGAAAGCUGUUAUCUGAUUUACUGCCCAUGAGGAUGUUACCAAGUAUUAUAUUUACGUGUAUCACAUACUUCUUGUUAGGAUUGAAACCAGUGGUGGAGUCUUUCUUCAUCAUGAUGUUUACUCUCAUGAUGGUGGCUUAUUCGGCCAGUUCUAUGGCAUUGGCCAUAGCAGCAGGUCAGAGUGUGGUAUCCAUAGCAACACUUCUCAUGACCAUCUCUUUUGUGUUUAUGAUGAUCUUUUCCGGGCUGUUGGUCAAUCUCAGAACCGUUGUGCCGUGGCUGUCAUGGCUUCAGUACUUCAGCAUUCCUCGAUACGGCUAUGCGGCUUUGCAGCAUAAUGAAUUUUUGGGACAGAACUUCUGCCCAGGACUCAAUGUAACAACAGCAAACAAUACCUGUAGCUUUGCCAUGGUCAGUGUAUUGCCAGAAACCUGUCUGAAGAGAAGUUUUCUUUAUUCUGCCCACUCAUCCUCUUUUGAUCUAGGUAUGACAUUUGUUUUGGAACUAGUAAAUUCCAAGAGUCAUACAGAAAUGGUACGAGGUAGUAGUUGCGUCUGUAGCAGGUAUUUUUAGUACCAGGUGCUUGUCUCACCUGUGGCAGGGUACUGCAACCUACUCUCCUCCAUCUACAAGGCCUACACCUGAUUACUGGGCCUGCUGGUGAGGUCUUGUCGCUGAGCCUCUGAGAUGCUCAUUCCACUCUUGGUGCAAGAGCUGAGCAAGUACAGCUGUGGCAGGAAGCCCUUCCUCGCCUCUCCUCCUAGUUAGCCUGCCUUCUUUUGUACGGGUGGUUUGUGGGUAAUGAGUUCUAUAAAGAGCUCUAAUCAUCUUUGUAAGGGCCUUAGAGGUCAUGUGUUAAAGCUGAGGUUUUCCACAUCAGGAGUAAUUGAAAAAUUACUUGGUAAAUGUUUCUGCCCUUUGAAGAGAGCAGCAUCAUAGAUUUGGAAACAAAUGAAUCUGGAGUGGCAACCUACUUCAAAGUGUGAGUCUGUGAACCUAAGUUCCUUAAACCUUGUCUCUUUAUGUCUUGAAUGUGUAUAAUAUUUACCCCAUUGAAUUGUUUUAGGAAUUAACUGAAGCGUUAUGUGCAGGUUGCUUAGCAUAAUACCUAGGAGGAUUGUAAGCAUUCGUUGUUACCUAUUUUAUAUGAAGGGAUAGUUAUUUAAGGCUUGAUAACCUAUAGGCUUCUUUAACGAAGGAACAAUGAAUAUGUUGAGUGAAAUCGGACAGAUGGUGAGAAUGAAGUCAUGUUCUGUUUCUG